UUUGGAUAUGGCUUCCAUGGACUGGGAGGUAGGCCUCCCUACUACUCUGAAGAGAUGUUUGAACAAGACUUUGAGAAACCCAAAGAAAAAGAAGCCCCCAAAGAGAGCCCAGCAGCUGAUCCUGCAACCAAUGCAACAGCCCCUGACACAAAUUCAACCACUUCCAAUGUACCUGGCCAAGGAGGGAAUGUUUCAAUUUCUGGACUCAGUGCAACAGGUAAUGGGGCCAAUUCUCCAGGACCUGAAAGCAGAUUGCUUAGUGGAAAUGGGAUUCCAACACCUUCUCCUACUGUCCAUGUCUCAGGAAGUGAUGGAACAGCACAGAGUGGCAUCAAUCAAUCAAAUUACAAAGUCAAUUCUCCAAAUGUCAAUGACAUUCAAAGCUUCCCUUCAGGUAAUCAACAAUCCAUAGGGCAUGGUUUACAUGUAUAUAAAUCCCCUCAGGCUAUGGGAGAUAUAAGGCACAAAACUCUGACUUCUAGAGGGAAUCCUUCUGGACAACCUGAAAACCCAACAUAUCGCUUAGGUUAUGGAGAUAAUUCCAAUCACAGAGGCCCUCUCCAGAAUACAAAUAGCAACCACCCCUCAAUCAAUACUAGACUUAACCCUUAUGGGCAACAAGAACAACCUUAUUACCCUGGGAGAGCCCCGCCAGAUCAAAGAGGAAAAGUGCAAUUUACUAAUUCUGAUCCACAAAGCCAAUGGAAUAAUGAUCCAGUCUACAGAGAUAGUGGUCUAAAUAAUUCCCCACCUGAAGGUCAUUCGCUGGAUUCACAGUUUAAUAUAUUAGGACAAGGAGAGAAUGUCUAUAACAGAAGAGAAGACACAGACCAGUUCCAGCCUUCUGGAAAGCACCAGUCAAGCCCACUUUCCCAUCAUGGAGUAUUUUCUGCCACAAAGACAACCCCAUCUGAGACAGAAACCCGGCCAUAUGGUUGGAAGGAGCAGACAUUUAAUCCUUCAGAUUAUGAAAGAGAACAGCUUCCACCACUGCAGACCCAUAUGUGGAAUAAGCUGGAGGAUUUACCACAAAACCAUAUGUGGAAUAAGCCGGAGGACCCACGACAAAACCAUAUGUGGAAUAAGCCGGAGGACCCACCACAAAACCGGAUGUGGAAUAAGCCGGAGGACCCACCACAAAACUGGAUGUGGAAUAAGCCGGAGGACCCACCACAAAACCGGAUGUGGAAUAAGCCGGAGGACCCACCACAAAACCGGAUGUGGAAUAAGCCGGAGGACCCACCACAAAACCGGAUGUGGAAUAAGCCGGAGGACCCACCACAAAACCGGAUGUGGAAUAAGCCGGAGGACCCACCACAAAACCGGAUGUGGAAUAAGCCGGAGGACCCACCACAAAACCGGAUGUGGAAUAAGCCGGAGGACCCACCACAAAACCGGAUGUGGAAUAAGCCGGAGGACCCACCACAAAACCGGAUGUGGAAUAAGCCGGAGGACCCACCACAAAACCGGAUGUGGAAUAAGCCGGAGGACCCACCACAAAACCGGAUGUGGAAUAAGCCGGAGGACCCACCACAAAACCGGAUGUGGAAUAAGCCGGAGGACCCACCACAAAACCGGAUGUGGAAUAAGCCGGAGGACCCACCACAAAACCGGAUGUGGAAUAAGCCGGAGGACUCACAGGUCUUCCAAGAAGAUCCAAGAUAUAACGCAAUGUAUUCAUCAAAUUCUUUUGGUCCAAAGGGACAUGUGCCCUACUCUGAAAAGAAUUCCUAUCUCCAACAUGACCAUUCUUUUUAUCCUGGUGCAUGGGAAGGCAGAGAAAACUCUCCCACACUAGGCCCAGCAGGCCAAAGGGAAAGUCAGCCAUACUCUCCAAUGUUGCCCUCAAAUCAGAUGCAAAGAAACUCCUACCACAGAACGGAUCCAUUUUUCCAGCAGGAACACUCUCCCAGGCAAAAUCCAUGGACUACUGAAAAGCACAUGCUUGAUCUUGACAGACAGUAUAGAAAUCCUCCAUACAAUCCACCUCAGCACAAUGCAUAUCCAAAGUAUCCCACAGCAAAUCCAGCAAAUCAAAGAGGCAAUGUACAAUAUGAAGAAAUUAAUCAAUGGGCCCCAGAAGAACAUUCUCCAGUGUAUGGUGCAAAAGAACCCUUGGGACAAGCAGAAAGUUUCCCUCACCGUGUGAACAACAUGAUUGGACACAGAGAGAGGAAUAUGCAGAGCCAAGGGUCCAACUCUCCGCUACAAAGCACCACCACUCUUCUUCAAGGAGGAUCACAAUAUCCUGAAAGAGACACUUGGGGUCCCCAAAUGGUGGGCCCAUCUGCUCAGAAAGAAAUCACACCCUACUUUAAUACCUAUUCCACAGACUUCAGAAAAAACCCAACACAUGCCAAAGACACAGGGGGAAUCAUGCAUGAAAGGGCACACAUUUCCAGUGUUGAUGCUGCAGAAAGACAACAUUAUUCGGACAUAUUGGGAUAUCCAGAUGACUACCGAAGAGAGCUCAGAACAAUCCCUCCAUGCCUGACUCUCAGUGAUUUGUGCUGCGCAGGUGACUCCACAGUGCCAAGACAAAACAUAUUGGCACCAUUGAGAAGUGCUCCUCAGAUCAGGCUGGCUUCAUGGGAGCAAAGAGGAAGCUUAGCAUAUCCAGAGAGCAGCCAUUCAAAGCACACCAGGCAAGUCCCAUACCCAGCUGACAUUCAGCCUAAUCACAAGAACACUUCACUGAAGGCUGAGAGAGAAAUGCCUAAUCAAAGAGAAACUCUGGGUUCAUUUGGAGAGGAAGUAGCAGGCCCACCAUGCCCCAAAUCACACCUAGGCCAACUGAAUGAAUAUGAGGCCAACCAUGAAGCUGGACUGCCCUCAACAAGAAAUGCUCCUUGCGUCAGAGGGGAUAGGCACAAUAUACUUGCACAAAAUACAGAGACAGAUUCAUUCCAAAGAGAGUUUGAAAGGGCAGCUCCUAUAAAGCUUGUUCCUGAAAAAAUUCUACCACCAGAAGGGAUGAAAAGUGCAGCCCUUGGUAGUGAAGACAAUAGGAAAGAACAAUAUGCCACAUUUGGGUUCAAGAGGAGUCCAUGCUUUGGGAGUCAGUUAAAAUACUUAUCCAGCACUGGAGCUCCAUCUGGUGACAAACAUUACAAUCUACUUUAUGCAGAUAAUCCAAUGCCCACUGGAAAGCCAGGUGGAAAGCCACCUGAACCACAGCCGAUCUCUAACACUCAACCACCUCAUGAUGUAGAAGAAAAACUACUGGAAUCCAAUUUGCCAGGAGAAGAUUUGGCAGAUCAGCCAAAUGCAAGGACACCAGAUUGUUUACUACUCCAAAACAAAUGA